GUUUUUAUGUUUGUGAUGUUUGCCUCAAAAAGCGCGGCAUGAUCCUCUGCAGUCCUGUGUUGUGAAGUCUCUUUACAAAUCUAGUCCCAUUCGUACUUUUAACCAUGAGCAGCUCUGACACCGAUGACGACAUACCCGAUGGCAAGGUCUGCCAGCAGUUAUGCGAAGAAUUUGCUGCUAUAACACAAACGGACACUGCCUGCGCGCAGUUCUAUCUCCAAGACAGGUCCUGGAACCUUGAGCGGUCUGUUAACGACUUCUUUGAAGAUCGGAAGAACAAAGGUGCCGUGAGGGUAUCUGGCGACGACAACCGUGCAGACGUGGUCCUUGUUGUGGAUGGCAGCCGUCCAAGUUUGGCAGCUGCUGCAACGGCCAUAUUUGCCGAGGCAGCCACCAGCAACAGGAAUGGGCCAAGGGCUACAGAUGUCUUGGAAGGUCAACCCAACACUUUGAAGCUUAUCUCGUGGAACACAGAUGGUAUUGAUGAUAAGAACCUGGUACUUCGUGCGAAAGCGGUCUGCUCCACGAUUGAAAGCGCUGGCAUAGACGUUGUGUUCCUUCAAGAAGUGGUGCCUGCCUCAGCUGAAAUCUUUGAGACGCUCCUUCCUGGCUACAAGUGCAUUUUGGGGAACACCAUUGAGUACUUUACGGUCACCCUGCUCAGGAAGGCAACCGUCGACUAUGAAAGUCAUGUCGUAUACCCAUUUUCAAACACUGCCAUGGGCCGAAAUGUGACGUACGUAAAGGCAUCGUUCAGAGGCUUUCCUAUCACACUGAUGAACACCCACUUGGAAAGCACAGCUGACUUUGCUGAGCAGCGCACAGUACAGUUCUUCAAAUGCUUGAAGAAGUGUGUCAAAGAACCUGCCGAGAGGACAGUCAUCUUUGGUGGUGACCUCAACUUGCGAGACAGUGAGGUUGAAGACAUUGGUGGCCUGCCACAGGGUGUGAAGGACGUAUGGGAAUCCUGCGGGCAGCGCAAAGAGGUCCGCUACACAUGGGACAUGACGCGCAAUGACAAUGUUACAUGGAACGGGCGCUUCAAGCCUCGUUGCCGCUUCGACAGAGUGUACAUAAGAGCUGCUAAACCUGCCACCAUGAAGCCAGCAUUUUUUGGCAUGGUUGGGCUGGAAAGGUUGAAGCCUCACAGAUGCUUUCCCAGCGACCACUGGGGUCUCCUGUGCCAUUUCAAGCUCCUCUAGACACGCUGCCAUACCAUCGCAUUUCUGGGCUCGAGUCAUCAAGUUUGCUUGUCGCGUGUUUUUAGUUUGUAAGAAAGGAAAGAAGAGACCAAUGGUGACAUAUCCAGCGAUUUUAAUUUAUGCUGCUGUCAAGUCAGGGCCACAAUAUGCACAGCAAUGAGCAUACCAACUUGUCAUUGUGCCACACCAGGCACAUUUUAUUUGAUGUAUAUAAAGAUGUUCGUUUCUAAAAUAAACUGUGUGUUUGCUGUUCAAGAAUGCAA